AUGGGUAUAUGUUCCAACUGUUCUUCGGGAGACUUCGCAGAAGACACGGCGCAAGGGGCAGUCUAUUGCACGACAUGUGGGAUGGUACAAGAGGAGAAUGCCAUAGUUGCAUCACUAAACUUCAAUACUGAGGGCCCCAAGGCUACUCUUAAUGGACAGAUUGUUGGUAUUGAUUCUAGGAAUGUUGGGACUGGGUUUGUUGACUCGAGUUAUUACAUCAAGAACACUAUAAGUGGGAUAUGUGCAUCGCUUGGGCUUGGGAUUGACCAUGUCGAGUGUUCCUUCAGAUGGUAUAAGCUUCUUCUUCAGUAUAACCUUAGCAAGGGGAAGUCUAUUUUGUAUACUCUAAGUGCCUGUAUUUACAUUGUCUGCAGACAGGAGAAGACACCCCAUAUGCUGAUGGACUUUUCAAAUGCAUUGCAUAUUGACGUGUUUAAGAUAGGUAAAAGCUUUUUGAAGAUAACAACCAUGCUUGGAAUUGACAUUCCUUUGAUUGACCCAUCCUUGUACAUGCCUCGUUUUGUUUCUCGGUUGAGAUUCGAGAGUAGCGAGGUACUAGGGCUUUCUCUAAGAUUAAUAAGCAGGAUGAAGAGGGAUUGGAUUGUUGUUGGAAGAAGGCCAAACAACCUGUGUGGAGCAGCCCUUCUGAUUGCCUCCAGAAUAGUUGGAGAGGAGAGAAGCAUAUAUGAGAUAGCAAAGAUAGUCCAUGUUUCUGUAAGCACCAUAAACAAGAGGCUGAAGGAGAUAGGGGACACUGAGAGUGCGAACCUUAGUAUUGAAGAGUUUAAUGCAACAUGGAUAGACAAAGAGGAGGACCCACCCUCUGUUAAGCUAAGGAGGAUGGAGAUGGCAAAGAAACAAGAAUGUGAAUCUGGAAGUACUGAGACAGUUCCAUAUUCCACUCCCCAGAGCAGUAUUGACAGUGACAUCCUUUCUGAUUCUGAAGAGAUUGAAAGAAACAUCCUUUCUCCUGAAGAGACUAAGAGGAGAGAAAUUGUCUGGGAAGAAAUGUAUGGAGAAUUUAUGAGAGAGAGGGAGAAGAGAGUGAAGAGUAGUGUGAAGAAAGGGAAAAGAAGAAGAAGAAAUGAGGAGUUUGGGUCCAUUGUUGAAGCAUUUAGGAGUUUGGAUAGGAAGAUUUCCGGAAAGUUGAAUUACCAAGCGAUUGAGAGCAUUUUUGAUAAGCUGUAA